UGCAACAUUGUCUCGGCAAGUGAGCGCUCUCCAGCGUGGCACUGUUACUGAAGAAGAGCAGACCCACGGGCUGUUUUAUCCGACGAGAGCUCGGUUUCGUUGACGAAGUACACACCGGGAGAGCUCUUAUGCAACCCACCUGAGGGUUUACGGAUUAAAAUCGGCGAAAAAUCGUGGGAAUUUGGUUCAUUUCUCGACGGGCCCGGAUACAGCUUGAUAUCGAUAGAGAGACUCCACUCAGGUCCUCUCGUCCUGACAUGGACACAGGAAUUGUACCCGAAAAGAAAAGGGUGAGCUCGGAGCGGAGGAAGGAAAAAUCAAGGGAUGCAGCACGAUGCCGGCGUGGGAAGGAGUCAGAGGUGUUCUACGAGCUGGCCCAGCAGCUGCCCCUGCCCCACAGUGUCAGCUCCAGCCUGGACAAGGCCUCCAUCAUGAGGCUCACCAUCAGUUACCUGCGCAUGAGAAAACUGCUCUGCACAGAUGAGCCAAUGGCAGAGGAGGAAACGGAGCUUGAUGUCCAGCUAAACAGCUCUUACCUAAAGGCUUUGGAGGGCUUUCUCAUGGUGCUGUCUGAAGACGGAGAUAUGAUUUAUCUCUCUGAGAAUGUCAGCAAGUGCCUCGGGCUGGCACAGUUUGACCUGACUGGACACAGUGUCUUUGACUUCACACAUCCCUGUGACCAGGAGGAGCUGAGGGAGAUGCUGGUCCACAGAACAGGCUCCAAGAAAGCCAAGGAACCAAAUACAGAGCGCAGCUUCUUUCUCCGAAUGAAAUGCACUCUAACAAGCAGGGGCCGCACUGUGAAUGUGAAGUCAGCUACAUGGAAGGUGCUUCACUGCUCAGGUCAUGUGCGUGUUUAUGACAACCCAACGGCGCAGACCACCAAUGGGCAAAAGGAGCCACCUGUCCCCUACCUGGUUUUGAUCUGCGACCCCAUCCCACAUCCUUCCAACAUUGAGGUCCCUCUGGACACCAAGACUUUUCUCAGCCGCCACACAAUGGACAUGAAGUUCACAUAUUGUGAUGAGAGGAUCACUGAGCUCAUGGGUUAUGAUCCUGAGGACCUCUUGAACCGUUCUGUGUAUGAGUACUAUCAUGCUCUGGACUCGGACCAUCUUACCAAGACUCACCACAACUUAUUUGCAAAGGGCCAGGUCAGCACAGGCCAGUACCGGAUGUUGGCCAAGAAAGGAGGCUUUGUAUGGGUGGAAACACAAGCCACUGUCAUCUACAACAGCAAGAACUCCCAGCCACAGUGUGUUGUCUGUGUCAACUUUGUGCUCAGUGGCAUCCAGGAGGAGAAAAUGAUCCUGUCUCUGGAGCAGACUGAGGAUGUGAAGCCGGUGAAGGAGGAGCAGCAGCAGGAAGACGAGACUAUAGUCUUGAGCAGCGAGCCCGACCUGUCUCCAGCUCUACCCAAGGAGGAGGAAAAAGGCCCAGAGCUGGAUGUCAUCAAACUCUUCACCCAGGUGGUUGAGUCCAAGCCGCUGGUUAGUCUGUAUGACCAGCUAAAGGCGGAGCCAGAAGCCCUCACCCUACUGGCCCCAGCUGCAGGAGACACAAUCAUCCCUUUGGACUUCACCUGCCCUGAUUCAGAGAUCCAGCUGCUGAAGGAUGUUCCUCUCUACAAUGAUGUAAUGCUUCCCUCCACAAGUGACAAGCUGGCUAUGCCUCUUUCCCCUCUGCCACCCAGCGAGCCUCUCAGUGUCUCCAGCACAGCCUCUCAAGAUGCAAAAUCUGCCCCAUUGACCACACCAAGAAGUCACAGCUCCCCAGAGGCUGAUAGCGCACUGGACUUUUGUUUCCCCAUGGAUUCAGAAAUGAACUCAGAUUUUAAACUAGACUUGGUGGAGAAGCUGUUUGCCAUUGAUACAGAACCCAAAACCCCCUUCAACACACAGACAAUGGAAGACUUGGAUCUGGAGAUGUUAGCUCCCUACAUCCCCAUGGACGAUGACUUCCAGCUGCGCAGCCAGACUCCAGAAGAGCCUCUGUCUUGUGGACCAAUCAAAUCCCUUGGGAGUUCUCCACUCCACGUCUCACAGGACAUCCGCACCUUUCCCGGCUCCCCGUUCAGCACACCAGGCAGUCGCACAGCUUCCCCAGCACCACCAGAGCCUAUAAAUGCCCCUAAUCUUGCCACCAUAAGCACAAAGAGGACCCCACACCUGGAUGAAGACGUCUCGCUGAGGACGCUGGCAGCUCAGAACGCACAACGCAAAAGAAAACUGUGUGACCUAAAGGAGAUAAUUGGACAGGGAACUUUGCCCUCGGAGCAAAUUGACAAGAGCAAAAAGCUGAAGGCUUCAGAGUCAAGAACGACCAGAACCAUACUUCUGCUGCCUUCAGAUUUGGCAAGUCGCCUGCUUGGCAGCACUUCAGAGGGCACCAGUUCCCCCUUUACCCUGCCACAGCUCACCCGCUACGACUGCGAGGUGAAUGCCCCCUUACAGGGCCGGCAGUACUUGCUGCAGGGGGAGGAGCUGCUGCGUGCUCUGGACCACGUCAACUGAGUCAUUGCUUAGCCUGCUCACUGCUGGACUAGACUGGACACUACAAUUUGUUCCUCACAUUGUCACUCCCUCUCCAAGACCGCCCACCCACCUCUCCCCCGGCCCCACUGCCCCUUAUUUAUGUAUCUGUAUGAGUUUGAUUAUAGUUUGGCUGCUGUUUGUGCACAUCAUGUGAUAUGCAGCAUUCCAAAGUGACAAACAACAUAGCAGCGUCUGGGUUUCCGUGCAAGGGAUUCUGGCGUCAUUAGAUGUCCAGUUACUGUUUUUGGGUUUUUUUUCAUUUUGUUUUUUCCCCUCCUCCAGGGAGUUUCUCAGCACACAGCGCCUCGACAGAUGAUCCCUUUCCAGCAGGUUUCCACAGAACCUGGCGCUACUGCCAGCAGUGUAUUGUAAGCUUCAGUCGCACAAUUUAUAUUUUCUUAAAAAGAAAAAUAUUACCAGCAAUAUAUAUUAAGCCUUUUUAAAGUAGUUUUAAUGGGAUUUGAACAAUUUUAUUUUUCCUCCCAUACUUGUCCCAUACUUGUAUGUUGUAGUACUCGUACCUAACAAGAUGUCUUUAGUCCAGAAGUAUGAACAUAUUUAAACCUGAGGUGGUUUAAAUGUUGUCUCAAUUUAAUAGCUAUCAGUCUUUUGAGGUAAAUACAUUUAAUUGUGUAGCAGUCCAGUACGUCACAAUGUUACUUUACUGUAAGUGUGUUACUGUACAUAUACCAGGGAAAUUUACUCUGUAUGGCUUCAAGGCUCUCAACGAAAUCUUGACAGUAACCGCAGUUUUCUCUUACAUGAAGUGAAUUCAUGUUUUUGGUCUUUACUGUGCGUGACAUACUCAAAGCAGUCAGUUUAAAUAAGUGGGAUCUCACUGAUUCAUAUUUUACUUGUGUAAUCAUUGUCAUCAUAGUAGCAUUUGUGACUUGUCAGAAGACUUUGCUCACUUAAUGGUAGUCAGUUUAAUACCAUUGUCCCUUGCCAUAGUGCUGGGUCUCUCAUGCUUCUUUUUGCUGUCUAACAUUAAAUGGCUUUACUAAAGUA